GCCUAAUAUGCCAUCAGAUUCAAGCUGCUAAUUCUCGCGCUCUGUUUGGCUCAACUGAACUGCCUAGUUUGGAUUGUUUGUCAGCUCCGAUAAGACGGAUGGUUGCGCCAUGGACAACCUGCAUGUCUUUGACUCGGUCUUACUACGACUGCGAUGUCUGUAUACUCCUUCACUGGACACAUUUGAUUGGUCUUCAAUCAUUCAGUUCGGUUUACUUCCUCUUCCACCCAGACUUGACGGAUGGCAACCCGUGAUGCGUUAACAACAGACCACGGAUCAGCUUCCCCAUCCCCCAUGCCUAGUGAGGAUGAGAUCGCUGUUCCAAGUCUGACUUCUCCCAAGUCGCUGGUUCUUAUGGCGACGACAUGCCUCACGAUGAUCGCGUCCAUCGGAUCGAUGUUCAUAAUGUUGCCUAUCAUUGGCAAGGAUCUAGUGAUCAACCCGGCAUCACUAAAGUGGCUGGUCACGUCAUACGCACUAACUUCAGGCUGUUUCCUUUUGCUCUUCGGGCGCCUCGCAGACAUCUUCGGUCGGAAAGUCGUCUUCCUUGUGGGCUGUCUAUGGUUUAUCGCAUUCACGAUCGGCUGCGGGUUCGCGACACAAGAAGGCGGUCUGACGCUCAUAAUCAUGCGCGCCCUUACUGGCAUCGGCGGGGCAGCGAUGAUCCCAGCUUGUAUUGGCAUCCUCGCACACGCGUUUCCGCCGAGUUAUGCGAGAACGGUCGCCUUCUCGUUGUUUCAAGCGGCAGCGCCUUGUGGAGGCGUACUAGGCAUGGUCAUUGGCGGGAUCGUCACGCAAUAUGCACCCAUAUCCUGGAGGGCACUGUUCUUCGUCCUCGCAGGGAUAGGCGGUAUCGUUUUUGUUGGCGCAAUGAUUGUCUUUCCCAAGGACCACGACUUCUCAGAGGACAAACGAGUUGAUUGGCUGGGCGCGCUCCUUAUAACCGCGGGCCUCGUGCUCCUUCUGUUCUGUCUCGGACAAGGGGAGAUUGCCCCCCAGCAGUGGAACACACCAUCAUUCAUUGGCUGGGAACAAUACGUCGAGGCGCAUCUCAACUUUCCCCCGCUGAUGAAGCUCAACCUUUUCGCUCGAGGCAAAUGGAAGUUCUCUGCCGUGUUGCUCAUCUCGUUUCUGGUCAACGGAGCUUUCUCCUCGUGGCAGUAUUGGGCGACUUUAUAUUAUCAGAACUACGAGAACUUGUCCCCGAUCUUGACGGUUGUACGGUUCCUUCCGAUGACUGUUGUCGGAUUCUCGGUCAAUAUCAUCUUCGCCGCCGUAGCAGCACACAUCUCAGGUUACACUCUCAUCACGUUUGGGUGUUUCGGUACUGCCAUUGCCAGCGUCCUCUUCGCGCUCAUCAGCCCCGACGCGGUGUACUGGGCGUUCGGCUUCCCUGCCGCGAUCUUUGACGUUCUCGGGGCUGAUAUUAUUAUGGCUGGGGGAAGCUUAUACGUUUCUCUGGUUGCUAUGCCCGAAGAGCAGAGCUUGGCAGGAGGGGUGUUUAAUACGAUCACCCAAGUCGUCCUGCCAUGCAUUAGUGAUAACUACUGACUCCUCUUUUCAGAUCGGAAUCUCUUUCACGACUACUGUCAGCACUAUAAUAUACGACCGGACAAUGCGCACCUACUCGCUGUCUGAAGGCGUUGUGUUAGACCAAUAUGCAACCAACGCCUCAUCACAGGCCCUGCUGUAUGGCUAUCGGAAUGCCCAACGGACGAACCUCGCAUUCGGGUUAUUCUCCACAGUGGUCUCCGCAGUGCUGCUGCGAGGGAUAGGCAAGAUCGGUGUGAAGCCGAAGAGCAAGCAGAAAGUGCUGGCUACAGACGUAGAAGCAAGCCGAGGGUCGAGUGUAGAUGAUCAGCCCGUGCCAGGGAAGGGGACGGAAAUGACUGAGAAAGCGUCCCAAUCGCAUGCGGAGCCGAGUGCGUGCCAGCCGAAGAGGGAAUAAGCUUGCUUGGGGUUGAAUCCCCGUGAUCUUAGGUUCAACAUCUAGACACCCGCAUACUAUAAAGCGAUCCUGAUG